AUGCAGAUCUUCGCCAUCCUCUCCUCCGCGGCCGUCGCCUCUGCCGCUGUCAUGGCCAAGCGCGACAUUAUCUUCAAGGUUUCCGACUUCAGCGCUGGUUGCGUCGCACACUCCACUCAGUGUUUGUACUAUUUCAAUGUCACCCAGCCCGGCAGCCCCGGUGCCCCUGACGUCCCCGUCACCUGCAAGGCUCUCGUGACCGCCAACAACGAUGGCACCCUGCCCGACGUCGACGACGGUACCUGCCUGGAGUCGGCCCGCACCUGGACCGCGCUCCACGCCGACGCUGGCAUCACCUUGGCCCUCUCGCAGCAGGUGUCUCCCGCCUCGUACGAGACCGGUUCUCACCUUCUCGCCAGCAAUGAGUUCACGAUCUCCAAUGAGACCAACGCCAAGGUCCAGAGCUACACUGGUCCUACCGCUUUCGACUUGGUUGAUUAA